AUGCUAGUGAAACUUCCUUUCUGUGUCAUUUUCCUCUUCUUCUCAGUCAUUAUUGUGGCAACUAUUCAUACAGAAUGGCAGGAUCUUGGGCAAUCUUUGAGAGCUGUGGAAGAAUCUGGUCCUGUCUAUCGCUUAAAUAAUUCUACUGAGCCCACAUAUUAUGAAUUGUGGAUGGAAACUCAAGUGCAAGAUGAGAUUUUUAACUAUUCCGGAAGGGUUAUCAUAAAUUUCAGAGUUUUGGAACCAACGAAAAUUGUUACAAUUCAUUCACUCGUGAAGAUUCAAUCGUAUAGAAUUCUUAAAGAUCAAGAUGAGAUUGGAGUAUCUGAAAUUGAAUUUAACAAUAUCACGGAAAUACUGAGUUUCAUCCUAAGUGAUGAGAUCAAGACAGAUUCAAAUUACUUGUUAGACAUCCACUUCACUGGAAUUCUCAAUGAACAGUCCCAUGGAUUCUUCUACAGAAGAUUUACAGAGAAAACCAAUGAAGUCUCCUACAUUGCUACAACGUAUCUUCACUCUGGAAAUGCAAGAUUUGCUUUUCCCUGCUACGAUGAACCUCGCUAUCGGACAAUUUUUCUCAUCCACGUAACACAUCAUCCUUCCAUGGAAGCCAUUUCCAACAUGCCAGUGGAUUACAUAGCCAACAACACUGAUGGUUCUGUAACAACUACCUUCGAAGAAACCCCUCCAACAACACCAAACUUGAUCAUAAUAACCGUCGCGGAUUAUGCCUCAAAGACUCGCAUGGGUCCACGAGAUAUUCCAGUGACAAUUUAUGCACCAAAGAGCUUCAUCCAUGAAGUCGACUUUGCAUUGGACUAUACCAUUCCAGUCAUUCCGCGCAUUGAAUUGUUCAUGGGCUACGAAUACAACAUGCCAAAGUUGGACUACGUCAGUCUCCUGGAUUUUGUUCCAGGAGCCAUGGAAAAUUGGGGAACGUUUGUGUUUGAUUCUCAGUACAUGCUCUACAAGAAGGACACAACUACAGAAAGUCAAAGAGUGCGCAUGGCUCGAAUUAUCACCCAUGAAUUAGUCCAUAAUUACUUUGGAAGCCUUGUGGGCAUUAAAUGGUGGACAGAUAUGUGGAUAAUAGAAGCAUUUGCAAACUUUGGUGAAUUCUAUUUCACGGAUGUCUUCCUGCCGGAUUAUAAUUUGCGCGAAUUGUAUGUUACUGAUGUUAUGUAUAGAAGUCUCAUUGAGCAUUCAUUCAUUGGGACCCGUUCAAUAGCAGCGUACAUUGAGGAACCAGAUGAAAUCCGUCGGAUUCUCGAAGGAUACCUCAGCAAAGCGGCUUUUACAAUGAGAAUGGUCUUGUAUGCCUAUGGCGAGGAAAAAUUUCGAAAUUGUGUACAGAAACUCGUUCGUUCAAUGUCUUACGAUGUCGUUGGACCUGAAGAUGUCUAUGAGAUCUUUGAGGAAACUAUGGAAGAACAGUAUGAAAAUGACUAUCCUGAAAUUAAAGUCAGUGAUCUGUUGAGAUCAUGGAUCGAACAACCGGGAUAUCCACUUUUAAUUGCUAAUAGGGAUUAUGAGAAAAAUGAAAUUUACUUGACUCAACAUAGAUUCCUGUCAUCAAGAAAUGAAUCUGAUCCUACAAAUUCAUCUUGGUACAUUCCCCUGUCUAUGUCUACAUCUCAAGAACCAAAUAUGAAUGAAACAAGACCGUGUGUUUGGAUGAAGCCAGAUAUAGAGGAACUUGUGCUUAAACCAGAUGCAAGUCAUUCUUGGGGCGAGGAUGAUUGGGUGUUAUUCAAUAUUCAACAAACGGUAUACUUCAGGAUAAAUUAUGACACAAGAAAUUGGAGGCUACUGGCUAGGGAACUUCAUCAGGGAUAUCCAUUCAGAAUUCCUCCUCUCAAUAGGGCUCAACUUAUAGAUGACUCUUUUAGUCUAGCUUAUUCGGAUGUUAUUGACUUCCCUUUGGCUUUGGACAUAAUCAAGUACGUAAUCAAUGAGGAUCAGUACACAAUCUGGCAAGCUGCCAAUCGUCAUCUUCUGAGUCUUAAUCGACUCCUAGACGGACCAGCCUAUGAGAAAUACUUCGGGCGCUUUCUACAACAUCUCACAGACGGUCAUUUGGAUAAAUUGGAUGUUUUUGAGAAUAUUAACCCAAAUGAAAGUAUUUCUUCCACAUUUAUCCGACCAAUUAUUGUGGAUCUUGCCUGUAGAUCAGGAUCUGGGAAAUGCCUAACAGCCACAAGAGUUCUCGUUAUGGCUGAAUCCCUAACAGGACAUCGUUUAGUCCCACGAGAAGUCAGUUCUGUCUACUACUGUCAUGGCUUGAGAAAUGCCAAUUACGAGACUUUCAAGUAUUUUUGGGAAAAAUUUCAUAAUCUCUCUCAUGAACAGGAACGGUCACAUUUUUCAAAUUCACUCACCUGCUACCACGACGAGGAAGUUGUGAUGGAUAUAUUGCUGUCCACUCUGGCCCAGGACACUCCCGAAUUCAUGUAUUCCACUCAAGAGAGACUUGCCCUUUUAGCCACAUCCUUCAGGAAUGGUCACGUCAGAUUAGUGGUGGAUUUCUUUCAGGAAAAUCACCCAGCUAUCGCCAUUCGUUACGGAUUCCGUGCCGUUGUUGAAGGGCUCUUGCGCGAAAUGACGUCCUAUCUGCACCUCGAUGAAGACAUCAAGUCUUUUGUAGCCAUGCUGGACACAUUAGAAUCCUUUGGUCAUAUUUCCGAUGUGGCGAAGAAGAGGAUCACAGACGAAAUGGAACACAACUUCGAAUGGGUCAAUGACAAUAAAAAGGAUAUUGAAGAGUGGAUACAGAACUAUUUCGAACCAGGGAGUGUUAGCAUGGCUACAAGAAACAUCCUUACUAUUGGGAUCUUCAUAGCUGUAGCUACAAUAAAUUAUUUUAAAUAA